AUGAUGUUGUUGUUUCGUGUGUUGUGUUUUCUGACGUUGCUGCUUAGUGUUGCCAGUGUAUGUUCCUCAGCGGACACGAUAUCCUCUACUACAGAAGACCGUGCUUCUUGUACUGAAGUUUCUGACGGUGCUGAUGGUAAAUGUAAUAAACCCACUUCUGUUGAUUCUGUCUCUGAUGACGACCCUUGCAAAACAGUUUCCGAUGGUCUUGCUGAAGGUUCCUGUCCUACUACGCCGACAACUGCUGGAACUCAUGGAGUUGCUGGUAGUGGUACCGUGAACACUUCUCAAGUGUCUGACCCUGGUGAUGGUGCUGGUCUUGCGGGGAGAGGAGAACAGCAGCAUUUGGAACGUCAGGAAAGGCAACUAGGUGAUGCUGUUUCAGAAUCCCCUGGUACUUUAACUGGUGUAAGCCAAGUGGGGAGUCAACCCGUUCUGUCAGUGCCAGAAAAUAAAGAUGGAAGGCAUGACAAUGGGCAGAUUGGCGAUCCGGGGAUGAGUGCUGAAGGAUCACCAACAGGUCAAGUGAUCAGUGGAGAGACUGAUCACACUAACGGAACUCAACAGCCCGGAGGAAAUGGUUCACAGUCCUCAGAAUCUUCAGGUGCAGCUAAUACAGAUACAAGAGAUUCUCCGAGCAACCAAACCGAUACAACGGAACAACCUCAAUCUUCUGACAACAACCAAACUUCUCAAGAGCAGAAUGGUGAAGCUGACAAUGCCAAUGGUGCCGCGAACCCUGCAGAGGAUGAGUCAACGAAGGACACUGACAAUACAACCAAUAAUGAAGAAUCAACCACCACCACAACAACAACAACACUUCCUCCUGAACUCACAAACAACAAGAAGGGUGAUGCAGACAGCAGCAACAGCAGUAUCAGCAGUUCUGUGUGGGUGCGUGUACCACUACUGAUU